AUGUCUUACAAUGCCAAGGAGAUCUCAAUCGAUAUGCUGCCUCUCAAACAAUACAACCAGCCAACUAGAAAGCUACUCAGUCUCGUGAGCACAAGCGCAAUUGAUUUAGAGAACUCGCUAGAAAACAUCAGUGUCAGAGAAACCCAUUACAGCAGCAGCCGAUCCGCAUCAAAGCAUCCCUUGGAGGAGAUAAGAGCUGCAGCGUCGUUAGCGGCAACACCAACAGCCACAACCAACACAAUCCACACAGUCGACGCUUCGCUGCGUUCGAAUGUCACUUCGCACACAUUGAAUUGUACACCAGCAGCAAUCUUGGAAUUCCCCUCUGAUGGUUUGACACGCACUCAGCGUCAACACGGUUGGAUCGUACUCCAUAUACUGCUAGCUCUCUAUUGCUUCUGGCUAUUGGCGGUAAUUUGUGAUGAUUACUUCUUGCCAGCCAUCGAGUUGAUAUGUCAAACUCUACAUAUGCAAGCCGAUGUAGUCGGCGCUACCUUCAUGGCUGUCGCCACUUCAAGUCCGGAACUCUUUAUGAAUGGCAUCGGUACAUUCGUGACGAAGGGUGACAUUGGUGUUAGCACUAUUGUGGGCUCAUCUGUAUUUAAUCUGCUUGCGGUACCAGCUUGUUGUGGUCUCUUUGUAGGUCAAAGUGCACGCCUGAAUUGGUGGCCUGUAAGCCGAGAUUGUCUAAUGUAUUGCCUGGCAGUGCUGGCGCUAAUCGCUACGCUCCGGGAUGGAAGGGUGAUGUGGUAUGAAUCAUUGUUACUCUUCGUGGCGUACUUUUUCUACAUGGCGGUGAUGUACAACAAUGACCGGGUGGCGCGUUCGGCGCGUCGUCUCGUCUCAAUGUAUCGCCGUAGGCUGCAUUUAAUAGGUCGCUAUUGGGAGGUUAACGAACUUACGCCGCUGAUUGGUCGAAAGCGAACUUGUGGCAGCAUUACCAACAGCAGAUUAGCAGCUUCUAUGCGUAGUAUAAACACAUGCGCUUCGAGUAACCACCUCACGCCGUUUUAUAUACCUGUCUGCUCCUCCACGCAACUGUAUCCAAGUUUGGAGGAUUUAGAGAGCUGUCGCGCAUCUAUGACACAAAACACUGAUAACUGCAGUUCUACGGUCGCCUCGGAUCACUGUAGUGAUACCUCCACAGACUUUGCUGACACACCGUGGCAACGCAAAGAUGCUUCGUGGCCGCAUUUUCUCUUGCGUUGGCCCAUUACAUUUUUGUUGUACGCAACUGUGCCGGAUAGUCGUAAACACGCGCGAGCGAAAUAUUUUACUUUCGUAGCGUCGAUUGUGUGGAUUGCUGUGAUUUCUUAUGUCGUGGCUUAUGCGAUAACGGUGAUCGGUGACACACUCAGCAUACCCGAUUCUGUCAUGGGGCUCACCAUUCUCUCUGCCGGCAUGAGCGUACCAGAGGCGGUUUCCAGCAUCAUUGUCACCAAGCAGGGGCAUGGCGCUAUGGGCAUCAGUAAUGCCAUCGGCUCAAAUACCUUCGAUAUUUUGCUCUGCCUCAGCGUACCUUGGUUCAUCAAAGCAUACUUUCUACCUAAUCAACCAGAUGAAAUGUGGGUUUCACCAAACUCAAAUGGGCUUACCUACUCCGUGACAUUUCUCCUCGCAUCUGUUAUCUGCCUAUUUGUAACGCUACUGGGAAACCGUUUCCGACUGGAUCGCACAGUUGGUUGGAUCUGUGCCAUUUUGUAUUUGUGCUUCAUCAUUUGGGCAGCGCUGAUCGAACUCAAUGUAUUCUUUCCAAUCAAUUUACCUGUGUGUGAACAUUAACGACGAAAGAAGGUCGAACGGCAGGCAGUUCGUGAGAAGUUCAAUUGCUUAUCGAUUUGCAAUGGAAGUUAACCACCAAAAUAUAAUACGUUUCGCGAAUUUUUUAGUUGCAUUGAACAAUAAAACCUGAACA